AAUGCCACAUCACUGUAAGUAACAUUAGUGAAUCACUAACAAAAGAUGGGAAUAAAAUUUUUAAUUUUUGUUUCCCUCUUAAUAUUUGGGAAUGUUUCGUCAUCUUCAAGAGAAAAUAGCUUUGUAGUGUCAUCAGAGAACACAAGAACUGUAAGAAUGGUUAAUGAAUAUGAUUUGCCGGAAGUAUUUGAAAUGGAUAUAAACUCUAAAAUUGCCAAUAAUUUUGCAACAACUUUGGUAACGACUAAAGUAAGAAGUAGAGGGAUAGCUGCCAAGGAAACAACUUUCACUGUAGUGUUGCCAGAAACAGCAUUUAUUUCUGAAUUCAUCAUGGAAGUUGGAACAAAACGUUACAGAGCCUUCGUGAAAGAAACGGAAGAGGCCAAAAACAUUUACGAUACAGCCGUUGCCAGUGGGCGAACUGCAGCUCAUGUGUCUAUAAGCGCCAGAGACUCCAAUAAAUUCACCGUUUCUUUAAAUGUGGAACCUCAUUUGAGAGUUAUGUUCCUCCUGACUUACGAAGAAUACCUUCAGCGUAAAAAUGGACAGUACGAGUUAGUUCUGAACAUUCAUCCUGGACAAGUUGUUCAAAAUUUGCGUGUAAAGGUUACGAUUAAGGAAAACAGACCGCUAAGAUUUGUCAAGACUCCAUCCAUUAGGUCCGGAAACGAGAUAGGUAAAGAAGAAGAUAGACUAAAUCCAUCUGCUGAUAUUCGAUUAUUAAAUUCGACAAUGGCUGUUGUCACGUUUAAUCCCAAUUCUGAAAAGCAGAAACAGUUUGCCCGUUAUCUAGGAACGAAACAAACAAAUGGAUUGUCUGGACAAUUUGUAGUCCAGUAUGAUGUUGAGAGAGAUUCUGCUGGAGGGGAGAUAUUCUUGCAAGACGGUUAUUUUAUCCAUUUCUUUGCACCAACUGAUUUGCUCCCAUUGUCAAAACAUGUAGUCUUUGUCCUGGAUACCAGUACAAGUAUGCGCGGAAAAAAAUUAAAUCAGCUGAAGAAUGCAAUGAAGGGCAUAUUAAAGCAAAUUAGAAAUGGAGAUAAAGUGACCAUUAUAGAAUUUGAAACAAAUGUUAAAGUGUGGAAUGUCUUUUCCAGAACGGCGACGAUUAUUGACAGAAACAUUAAUUACUCUGAUCCAUUCUAUAAAUUAAGUAGACAAAAUUUACCCCUUCCUAAAGAAUUUAAUGGAUAUGUACUAAAGAAAACCCAAAAAGUUGUUGACGCAAUGGUUGCUCGUGGAGCCACAAACAUAAUCGCUGCUCUCGAGACAGCCUUGUAUGUUAUAAAGGCUGAUCAAGAGCGCAGUGCUAUGGAUAAUAAUAAAAAACAUCAACCAAUUAUGGUAUUUUUAACUGAUGGUGAACCAAACGGUGGUAUAUCAUCAACAGACAAAAUCAUCGAAGUGGUAACGCAACUAAAUUCGCAAAACAAUAAAGUUCCUAUAUACUCUCUGUCUUUUGGAAAUGGCGCCAAAAAAGAUUUUUUGAGAAAGUUAUCCUUAAAAAAUCAAGGAUUUUGGAAACAUAUCUACGAGGCAUCAGAUGCUUCUCUCCAGUUGCAGAAUUUCUACAAAGAGAUAUCGUCCCCUUUGCUGACUAGUGUAAAAUUCGAAUAUGAGUCUGAAGUUAAGGAAGUUACUGUAACAGAGUUUCCAAUUUAUUUUAAUGGAUCAGAGCUAGUUGUGGCUGGAAAAUAUGAAGAUUUAUAUUUUCCUCCAACUGUCAGAUGCGUUGGUCCAGGGGGUCCUACAACAUUAAGACCAACAAUCUUGGGAAAACCGAUAACCCAGUUGGAGAGGUUAUGGGCAUACUUGACCGUUAAACAGUUACUGGACCGAAGAAACUCUGCAGGCAAUAAUACGGAAUUAACAAAAAGAGUCGUUGAUUUGGCUCAAAAAUAUACCUUCGUUACUGAUGUCACGUCUCUUGUGGUAGUAAAACCUAGUGGUAACUCUGUUGUUGAAAUAGAAAGCGCCAGUGUGGCUCCUGUCACUUUCUUGAGUCGCUUCGGGUUUGGUUCUGUAAAUGACGAUGAAACUGAAAAUGAAAUUGAGCCUGAAACUGAAGCUCCUUCCCUUCUCAGCGUUUUACCCUGGCUGGGAUCGGUAUUGCAAACAAAUGAAACUAUUACUGUGGGCCCAAAUGCUUAUGAAUUAGGAAAUAACUACAACACGAAUACGGAAGUAGAAUGUCCAAAAACACCAGUCAAUACUACAGAGCCUGGUAUCUGUGUCCUUUUAAAGGAUUGCUCGGAGGUUUAUAAAGAUUUGAAAAAUUUUCAGACCUACCAAAGUUAUUUCUGUCCAGUGGAUACCAAAUACGCGGGAAUCUGUUGUCCAAAGGAAUAAUAACAAAGUAAAAAAAUUGUGAAAACAUUUCGAUUUUAAUAUAUGUAUGUGAACAAAUAUUCAAAUAAAUAAUUUU